AUGAGCAAACAGGCAGACGUCAUCAUCGCCGGCGCUGGUCCGGUAGGGCUAUUUCUAGCAUGCGAGCUGGCCCUAGCCGGCGUGUCGGUACUUGUUCUGGAACGAGAUACAACACCCGAUACGCCAUGGAAGGAAGACUUUUUCGGUCGUCGCGGUCUCUUUCUUCGUGCAAUCGAGGCCUUUUACCGCCGCGGUAUGCUGGACGAGAUCAUCGACGGCGGCAACCAGCGUCCGACGCAACUCGACAAAGGUUCCGACUUCGUGUUUGGGGGUCACUUUGCCGGUAUGAUGCUCAAUGCAAACAAAAUCGAUUUUUCACGAUGGAAAUAUCACCUUCCAGGACCUGCCUUUCUCCCUGCAGGGUCUUCACUCGGUCGUCUUGAGAGUGUGUUAUCGAAGCGUGCACAGGCACUCGGUGUACAGGUCAUCCGGGGGAUGGGAGUCACAAAAGUCAGCGACGAAGGCGAUAAAGUGAAGGUAUUGGCCGGAGACGAGUGUUUUGAAGGCCAGUGGCUCAUUGGAUGCGAUGGUGGACGCAGCACUGUUCGCAAGGCCGCUGGGUUCCAAUUCGAAGGGACAGGCUCUGAGUUCAUGGGCUACAUCGCUAGCUGUGAUCUGGACAAUCAAGAGCUUCUGAAGCCGGGUUUUAACCGCACAGAGUUCGGGAUGUACAUUAGUACUGGACCUGGACAGAUUUAUGUCAUUGAUUUCGAUCUGAGCUUCGAUCGCUCACAACCCGUCACUCGAGAACACUUCCAAACUGUACUCCAACGGGUCUCCGGAUUGGAUAUCGCUGUCAAAGCGCUGCAUCUGACUACCACAUUCACCGAUCGCUCGAAGCAAGCCACAGAGUAUCGCAGAAGCCGCGUUUUUCUGGCCGGUGACAGCGCUCACAUCCAUUCUCCACUAGGGGCGCAGGGAUUGACUGCUGGCAUGGGCGAUGCGAUUAAUCUGGGCUGGAAGCUGGCGGCUACCAUAAAGGGCUAUGCACCUCCUGGGCUUCUCGACACUUAUCAUCAAGAACGGCAUCCGGUUGGCGCGCAUGUCCUCGAAUGGACGCGUGCUCAAGUAGCCACUCUACGGCCGGAUCCAUAUGGCCGAGCCGCUGCCAAAAUCAUGCAGGACUUGAUCAAUACGGACGAAGGAACGACUUAUUUUGCGGACCGCAUCUGGGGAAUUUCGCAACGCUACGACCUGGGUGAUACCCACCCGCUUGUCGGUUGCAGUGCCCCGGAUUUUGAAUUCGAGGACGGACUGCGCUUGGGGUCUAAGUUGGAGAGAGGUCGUUUCCUGAUCAUUGACUUCUUGAGUGACUCGUCUGUGGCACAGCUCGCCCAGGGCCUAGAGCCUUUUGUCGACUACUCUGCAUCUAAUGCAAAGGAAACAUUUGGCCUCAAGGCAUUGCUGGUGCGGCCGGAUGGCACUGUUGCGUGGGCGACAGAAGACGAGGUUGAUAUCGAUGCGCUGAAGACGGCAUUGUCACGCUGGCUAAGUCUUCCUGGACUUGAAGGCUGA